AUGUCAAUUAUAAAUUUCAUAAUUAUUUGUACAAUAAUUUAUUGUACGGAAAGUACUGUGUACGAUAUUACAACUUCAUCGUCGAACUGGCAAUCUAUUAUAAGUAAUUUAAAACCUGGUGAUAUUGUCAUCAUGCAUCAGGGUACUUAUACGACAUCGGGUUCUGGAUAUUUUCAACUGACACUGAAUGGUCAAUUAACACAACCGAUUAUCAUUCAAGGUGCACCAAAUGAAGCGCGCCCCAUUAUAGAGAAUCCAAACACUGGUCUAGAUGCUCAGAAUAUUCUUAACAUUCAAGGAUCCAAUUUUAUGCUCAAGCAUUUGGCAUUUACCAAAGGCUCCAGAGGCAUACGAAUAGGACCAGCUGCAAAUAAUGUACUCUAUUGUGGAAAUCAAGCAUCAAUCACAUCCUCUGUUAACUUAGCUGGCUAUCAAAUUUAUAAUAAUGCUGUGAAUGGUCCUAUGGACGCUUCAGGAAUUCAAUCCACUGGAACUUUCAACGUCGAAAGCAAUGUCUUUUUUGAUCCUAACAAGAUGGAUCUCUAUCCAGCCGUAGGAUCUCCGUUGAUCAAUGCUGGCGUACACAUUAACAGUCAGCUUGUUACUUAUGAUUUCAACGGAAAUAGUCGAUCGAAUUCGAAACCGACUGUUGGUGCUUAUGUGAGCUAA